UUUAACAUUGUUAUAACAAUAUCGGUAAUUGUUAUAAAAAUGAAACAAUAUCAGAGAAUGAAGAUCAAACGUUGCAUCAGUAACAUUUGCAUUUGUGGGCGCCAUCAUUGUCCCAAAAAAUAUAGCAAGGAUAUCAUUCGUCCUAAUCCCAUACCCGAUUCGAAAUUGCCUUCUUCGGAAUAUAUUGAUAAAUAUGAAAAAUUCUCAACUGCUUUACCGAAAACUACACAGUUACCUGUUAAAUAUACCGAUCAGCCUAUGGCAUCAGAAACCAUCGCAUCAGCUGCAUAUAAACAUCAUAAGAUCCCUCCUGGAAAAUCUUACAAAUCAGUAUCCUUCAUAAGAAGCUUACCAAACUUGAUUGGAGUAUCUUCAUACAAAGAAGAUUAUUGCAAUUCCUAUAAAAAAAUUCCUCCAGCAGAAUCUUAUAAGCCCAAAGAGAAAUAUAGAGCAAAUCUAAAUCCAUUAAGUGAUAAAACUAUUCAUAAAGAUUCUUACAAGCUUUGGAAAGCUAAUGACAUCGUUUUAUGCAAAGGUACCGCUAAAAAACCUGUAAAUUCUUUUCCAUAUGUAGGAAAACGGCCAUUUGUGGGUAUUACUAAAUAUAAAGAAGAUUAUCGCGAGUUUGCUAAUGUGUAUCCAGAAAGAGGAACUUGCAAAGACUCCACAUUAAAUCCUGAAGGACAUCUAUUUCUCGAUAGCACUUAUAAAACAGAUUUUGUAGAAAAUCCGAUCUACAUAAAUAUGCCCGAGAGAGUGGAGGUUGAAAUUCUAAAAUUACCACCUUUCAAGAAUACCACAGUUUAUCAGACUGACUUUCGUAAACCUGUUGAUGUAAAGCAAUUGAAGAGCUAUCGUCCGGAGGAUACUUAUAAAGUUUUUGGAUAUCCAUCUUACAAACGUACUGUUUACAAGAAAGAUUAUGAAUUCUGGUCUCCUUCUGACAAUAGGAGAAACCCUUGGAUGGAAAAGGAACCAUACGAAACCUUUUCCCAACCAUUUUCUGGUGUUUCGGUUUAUUCAGAAAGUUAUCAGAAACCUCCCCUUGAAUUUGAUCGCCUUCCUAAGAGAAGGCCGACGAAUUACAUGAAAUUAGGUGACGGAAAAGUUAUGGAGUGUGCAAAAUGUUACGGUGAAGAUUACGAAAACUGUCAACCGAAAAUACCAAAAUUGCCAGAAAUUUAUAAAACACCAAGACAUAAAAUGCUGAUGGAGAGCAUUUACACAACUCAAUACCGGGGGCAAUUUGUUCCAGCAUCGAAAAUAAUGAAACCAAAAGAAAAUCUGAAAAUUCGAGAAGGUGCAAUAGCAGAUACGACUCUAUAUCAAGAUUCUUAUCGAUGUCACCCUUCUACGGUGUGUCCUUCUUCACUAUUACAUGCCGUGUCACCAGAAGGAAAGCCCCUGUUUCAGCACGUUGGCACUACUUGUGGUCACGAAUACUACAUAACAAACGAAUAAUAAAAAUUCAUUAAAUAUAAA